CUUGAUCCUAGUUCCUUAACUUGUAUAUAACAAGUCUGGGUCUAGGAGACUUUCACCUAAAAUCUAGUACCUUUUCUACUAAACGACUUCACUUUCUGAUCUCCUUUUUCCCCUUCUUUAACCCCAGUACUGGGAACGAUGGAUUGCACUAACCAAAGCUGGGUCCAGAACUUUAUCCUGGUUGGCUUCACUCCUAUUCAGUUCCUGAAACCUCUUGCCUUCCUAGGUGUCCUGUCCAUUUACCUCCUCACCUUAGCUGGUAACCUGUUCAUCAUCAUCCUAGUCCAGGCUGACUCUGCUCUGGGUACUCCCAUGUAUUUCUUUAUCAGCAUCUUGUCCUUCCUGGAACUCUGGUACAUCAGCACCACAGUGCCCACACUCCUGUACACUGUGCUACAUGGGCCCUCACCUGUUUCUCCCGCUGUCUGCUUCAUCCAAUUGUAUGUCUUCCACUCACUGGGUAUGACUGAGUGUUACCUUCUGGGUGUCAUGGCCCUCGAUCGCUACUUUGCUAUUUGUCGCCCUCUCCACUACCACAACCUCAUGGGUGGUAGGGUGCGGGUCUGGCUAGCAGCUGCUUCUUGGGUAGCUGGCUUCUCUGCAGCUCUGGUCCCUGCCUGCCUCACUGCCUCCCUGCCCUUUUGCCAGAUGGAGAUUGCUCAUUACUUCUGUGACCUUGCACCACUCAUGCGGCUGGCAUGUGUGGGCACUGCCUGGCAUGCACACGUCCAUGGGGCUGUGAUUGGUGUAGCUACUGGGUGUAACUUUGUCUUGAUCUUACUGCUGUAUGGGGGCAUCCUGAGGGCUGUGCUGAGAUUGCCUACAGCUUCCAGCAGGGCUAAGGCUUUCUCUACCUGUUCCUCUCACAUGAUGGUGGUGGCUUUAUUCUAUGGCUCUGCCUUUGCUGUCUAUGUAGGACCUCCUGGGGGUCGGGCAGAGGGCUCAGACAAGCUCAUUGCCCUGAUAUAUGCCCUGCUCACCCCCUUCCUCAACCCUAUCAUCUAUACCCUGCGUAACAAGGAAGUGAAGGAAGCUGUGAAGAGGGUCACUUAUAGGCUUUGGGCAGUGCUGAAGGGGUGUUGAGUGUUCUUCAGAUACUAGCCUAGCCCUAAGAGAAUUAUUGGGAAUAUUCAUUCAAUUGGGUUGUCAUAGGAUUGACUUAGAUAGCCAGUGAAGAGUUAACCAAUCAAGAACUCACCUUGUGUUUGGACCUGCAGAGGUCUCAUGGUGCCAGACAUUAACAAGUGUCCAGUGUGAUGACAGGGACAAGUUCCACAUAUAACUACCACAACCAUGACAUUUAACUAUGUUUGUAAAGCAUUUUAUGGAUUGCAAGGUGCUCUCUAAUGUAUCAUCUCAU